UGCCUACAGUCUGAAUCCUAAAAGCAAGAAACUGUCCCCUUUUCCAGUCACUUUCACAACAUCCAUGUCCAACCCAACACAAACCACAAUAUAUACUUAACACCAAACCACCAUUUCCAACCCAUAAACCAAACCCCAACUCCAAAAACCAGCCACCGCCACCAUGCCAAAAAUAGUAGUAAAAGCAGGAAGCAGACCACCGUGGGUAGGCUUAGCAGCAGCAGCUUGGGUGCAAGUCUGUGCAGGAAAUGCUUACAACUUCCCACUUUACUCAACUGCACUUAAGUCAGUUCUUGGUUAUAAUCAGCAGCAACUUACAAUUCUUGGGGUGGCUAAUGAUAUUGGUGAAAAUGUUGGUUUGAUCCCUGGAAUUGUUAUUAAUAAGUUCCCUCCUUGGGCUGUUUUGUUUGUGGGGGUUGUAUCUUGCUUGUUUGGGUAUGGUGUUCUUUGGCUUGCUGUUAGUGGGACUGUCUCUGGCUUGCCUUAUUGGUUGCUAUUUGUCGCGCUUGUUGUUGCCACGAAUAGCAAUGCAUGGUUUGGCACAGCUGUGCUUGUAACCAAUAUGAGAAACUUCCCUCUCAGCAGAGGCACGGUUUCUGGAAUUCUCAAAGGUUAUGUUGGACUCUCUGCUUCGGUAUAUACACUGCUAUUUAAUGUGGCACUUGAUAAAUCUGCUACAAAGCUUCUGCUGUUCCUCACAGUUGGCAUCCCGAUUAUAUGUCUAGCGAUGAUGUACUUUAUUCGACCCUGCACUCCUGCUUCUGGAGAAGAAGACUCUUCAGAGCAUGUCCAUUUUGUUUUUACACAAGCAGCAAAUGUUGUGCUUGCAAUUUAUCUUGUCACCGCCACUAUAGUGAGUGAUGUGAUCUCUCUAAGUAGUGCUGUUUCCUACGUAUUAAUUGCCGUAAUGGUCAUUUUUCUGAUAUCUCCUCUAGCAAUCCCUAUUAAAAUGACUCUUUUUCCCGCACCCAAGAAGGCUCUCCCGGCAACUGACUCUUCAGAUCAUUUAGUUCCGUCGGAGGGUGAAUCAGCCCUAACAGAUACUUUGCUGACACCAUCUUCAUCAGCUACACAUCUUGGAAGUUUUCUUGAUAAUGAUUAUUCUUCUGAUAUGGAAACACUGUUAGCCGUGGGAGAGGGAGCAGUGAAGAAGAAGAGGAAACCUAAGCGAGGCGAGGAUUUUACAUUUCGUGAAGCUAUGAUUAAGGCUGAUUUCUGGCUUCUUUGGGUGGUGUAUUUUCUUGGUGUUGGUGCUGGAGUCACCAUUCUUAAUAAUUUGGCUCAGAUUGGGGUUGCGUUUGGUCUUGAUGAUACCACCAAAGUGCUUGCUCUCUUCAGCUUUUGCAAUUUCGUCGGCCGUCUUGGUUCCGGUGCUGUUUCUGAACACUUUGUCAGGUCGAGAGCACUUCCUAGAACCGUUUGGAUGACGUGUGCACUAGUAAUCAUGACCAUGACACUGAUCCUUUUUGCAUUUGAUCUCAAUGGCAUUCUUUAUGUCGCAGCUGCUCUGAUUGGUGUCGCCUACGGGAUUCUAUAUUCUGUAAUGGUACCAACUGCCUCCGAGCUUUUCGGAUUGAAGCAUUUUGGCAUAAUUUACACAACUAUGUUGCUAGGCAAUCCUGCUGGUGCAUUACUUUUCUCAGGGCUGCUUGCCGGUCAUGUGUAUGACGCGGAAGCUGCUAAGCAAGGAAGCUCCACCUGUAUAGGUGUUGAUUGCUUCAAGUUGACAUUCCUAGCUCUUGCCAGCCUCUGUGGGUUAGGCACCAUCCUGAGCGUAAUCCUGACAGUUAGAAUACGGCCUGUAUACCAAAUGCUGUAUGCAGGGGGUUCUUUUCGUCUACCACAUUCUUCUGGUCAUUGAGGAGAAUUUUAUUACUUCUCUAAUUAAAACUGAGAUAUACUUAUUUUGCGGAGUUUAUAUUCCGAUACUACCAUAGGAAGUAGCUUCGAUCGGCCACAAACUAUGAUGCGGGUUUCAGACUUCUGACAUAUUGAUCUUCAUCCCCUGGUAUGAAUCUGUUGUUUUGUGACUUGAAAAAUUAUUGGGUAGAUGUUUUCAACUUACCUGAAUGCCCUUUAAUGUAUGAUUUGGCUUAUGUAUUAAUAAUAUAUUUUUAUAAUCUAGUGGUACGGGCAUUAUGUUCAAAUUUGGAAAUUUUAAAUUCGGAUGUCCCUCUCGAGUUGUAAUCCAAAAAAUGAUAAUUAUAUUAUAUAAUUUAUAUCUAAAUGUUA